AUGGGGGAACGGCUGCUUUCAGAAGCAGUGUCUGGCAACCUACACAAGGCUUAUAUAGAAAGCCUUCGUGAUGGCUCUGGCCUCGCACGCUAUCUUGAUAACCUCAAGGAGCGUGGCGAGAACCAUCCAUGCUGCUAUCUCCGUCAAUUGACCGAUAUUCAAGGCAACACAAUGCCUUUGAAUGAUCUCCAAGACGUUGUCUCGAUUAUGAAGACAUACGCGAUGUUUGACCAGAGUCAAAAAACAAUCGCCUACCAAAUUGACCGCGUCUUUGACGACGACAACGAGUGGAACUCAGUAAUGACUGAUGAUGGGUAUCGAUUCUACCUUCAAGGUGAUACUACCUUCACCAAGUCGUCGGAAAAAGCCAGCGUUGUCGGGCACUGGGCCAAGGCCGUUCAAAGUCAUAUUGACGAAGCCAAACGGACUGGCAGUGCCAAAAUCGCUUCGCUCGCUCUGGGACAGUAUGUUGGAUACUGUCUCGAUGCCAAAGCUCGUGAGAAACAGCACGGCGGUGGUCGUGGCUCUUCCACAAGCUGGUUGAGUAAGCUCUUCCUCGCCGUUUGCGAGGUAAAAUGGCCCCAGAAAUACGCGUUCAAGUUCUUGGUUAUAUGUAUGAUCUUCAGCGAGUAUACUGGCCCCUGGAUGGAAGUCCUCCUAAGCCGCUUCAUGCGUGCUUAUUAUGUUGAUGGCGGCUUCAGCAUUGCUUGGGCCGGCAUCAGCACCUCGAGUCUCGGGUUCACAAAACUCUCGUCGAAAGAGCGUAGUGAGUACUGGAAAGACAAGAGUGAUUGGGUGAACCAGCACACCCAGAUGAAAGCCAAUGGUCUUUCUGAGUUUCACAGAAGAAUGUCUUUGCUGCAGCAAAAGCUCGCAACUGCGGCUGCACCAGUAGCAGCCAAACUUGAUGAGACAGUGGCGAGACAGCGCGAACACAUCGUUAAGAUUUUCGCCAAGUACCAGAAACUCAUAGGUGAUCCCGACCUCUAUACAGAAAUGGCUCCGAAGUUGGUUGAAAGGAUCAACAAGGAGUACGAGGUUGCGAGAGCAUUGAGGGAUGCCCACCGCGAGUAUGCGCAGUGGAAGGUCGCGUGCGGGUUAUAG